AUGGCCUUCCGUGAGGCUAUGGCAAAGCUCAAGGCCAAGUCGUCUGGAAUACUCAAAUCUUGCUUCGCGCCCCAAGACGACUCCUUCGAGGAUCCGGCUGGCGGUCGGACAAUUGGUCCUAUUCAGCACCUUGGACUCCAACAUGAUACACUUGGCUUCCAACAGGAUGCUAUCAACGCACUCGGUAUUCAGAAUGAGACGGAAGAGCGUACCGUGCGAAUGUCUGGUGUAACUCUUAUUGAGGACCAGACCGUGGUCGCAGAAGGGGUCGAAGAUCAGACCAACAUUGCAGAGGGUAUGAUCUGUUCCGCCACCCCGUGCGUCCACCAUCGCAACCGCACUGCUACUGAGCUCCCAGACCCGAGUCUUAGAAACUCAUUCCUUGGCUGGGACUCGAGCAGUAGCGACUGUGCCGUCGAUGAUCUAGGUGAAGAGGCUGAUGAAGAAGUAGUUGCUGCCAAUCCUCAGGAAGCACAGGCUGUUCUCACUACCUCCCAUGCGGCUCGCCCCACCGUCGCCACGACCUCGGACAAUCGACCAAUUUUCGUGUCCUCGCCCACGCGCGAGGAAUGUGUCACUCUCACGCCCGCCGAGCUUGACGAGGCAACCCAGUCAGACUACCACGUCUUCCUCCUGCGCAAUCAUCGCCAUAUCAGGGUUUACCAAGCUGGGCUAGGAGACGAUGUUGCAGACUUCCAGAGCAUCCAUGAGUCUAUUCAUGAGUCGAUCAAUGAAUCGAUUCAUGAGGCGGCGUCGAUCCAUGGGAUGUUCCCGAUCAUCGUGCCUCCCGCGCCGGCUGCCUUGACCACGGCUCCCACCAACAAUGCCGCAGCUCCGAUGGUUCCAGCCGUCACUACGGCUGCUCCUGCUAUGCCCUCCCGUACUCCUCCUGCAAUUCCUGCUGGCCCCGUCGUUGCACCGACCGUCAACGAGACCAAUUCCGCCAUUCCGGUCUUCUUCGGUGCCGCUCCUGUUGCAUUUACUUCUGGCCCGGUUAUUGAACCGGUCGGCCCAGCUAUUGCUGCUGCCGCUCCCAUCGUCGAUGUGGUUGAUGCGCCUAUGGUUCCCGCUGCCACUUCUGAGGCUCCCGCCACCACUCCAGGUGCUCCGUCUACCGCGACUGAAGGUGCUCCUGCUGCUGCAGUUGCCCCUGCUUCGUUGGCCCAAGAGCUUGCCGACUCUACCGAUGAGGUUGACCGCCCUCUCUCCAAGGCCAAGGCCGUCCAGGCACACCAUGAGUGGCUCGGCGGCAAGGGCUUGAAAGACAGCAAGUGGGCUCGUUAG